AUGGCGUCCAAGAGUUUUCAAAUAGGAAAAGAGCAAAGUCGUAAUGAACCGAGGCUAGAACUUAAGGGGUCUGAGCUGGGUCUACAGCAGUCUGAGCUAGGUCAAGAUGAGCCAAAUUUUGAAAAACUCGAGCCAAAUCCAAACAACAUCCUCAUGGAUCUUCCAACCAUCUCCCUCUUCAACAAUUCCUCACCCGCCACCGGAAACUUCAUCUCUGGCGCCGGCGAACCCACCACCGGCAACAACCAAAUUCUCCGGCCAGCAAAAAGGCCAGUCGGAAGACCCAAGGGUUCAAAGAACAAGCGUCAGGUAGUAUCACCACCGCUGGGGAGCCAAUCUCUGAACUCCACUGCCGUCAUCGGAAUCCCCACCGGCGAAGCUACUGACAACAACCAUAUUCUCCGGCCGCCAAAACGGCCUGUGGGAAGACCCAAGGGUUCCAAGAACCAGGCCAAGACACCCACCACACCGUUCAAGAUUGAAGAAUCUCAAAACUCGACAACGGCCGUCAUCGAAAUCCCAGCCGGCGCCAACGUGGAACAGUCGCUCCUUCAGUUCUGUCUCCGGCGUCAAGUCUCCAUCACCGUCUUAACGGCCUUCGGUCAACUUUCCAACAUCAUCACCUGCCACCAACCAAUACAAACCAUCCUCGGACCCUUCCCGAUCCUGUCACUUUCCGGCACCGUCAACCCAAUCCCACCGUCUGGUUCCAUGAACUCGCCGGAGAGUAAUUUCCCGUUGACGGUUCUUCUUUCUUUGCCGAACGGUCUUACCAUCGGCGGAAUAGUGGGAAAGGUUGCGACGGCAGCGAGCAAGGUGAAGGUGGUGGCUAUUCCGACGACGGUACAAAACAACGCAACGUUUGAGACUCUGCGCGUCGACGAUAUUCAGGCUAAUAAUAGUCACGUACGUAGAAAUUACACCGCUCAGCAAUUUACCUGCGCAGAAUCAUCAGUUCAGUGAGUUUUGCAAAGCUUGUACUUCCGGCGAUCUCAUGAAGAAUCGUAAUGAUGAUAACCAGAAAGAGAAAGAUGAAGGACAGGAUCUGAUGACCAAGAUGAUGAUCACUAGGGAAGGAGAUAUUUGGCGAUAUGAUUAUAAUUUACACCCUGCUUUAAGGGUUGAUCGAUU